AUGUAUUAUCGCAGUUCUACCCCGUUGAUCCGCCGAAAGUCUCUUUUAACGCAACCAGGGGUCGCAACCAGAAGACCCAGGAAAACGCGCGGCAGGAUUCCCUUUGCGACUGAUCAAGAAGUUGAUUCCAUUCGCGACUUCUCAUCUAGACUUGAUCAAUCGUCUAGACGAUGGCGGUCAUCUACUUGUGACGAUGUGGACCUCGAUCUUCCAACUUUGGACAAACCAGUCGCCCGCGCGGAGACUCCAAACGGAUGUGAAUACACCUAUUUAGGGGCACUCAAACUGGGAUCCUUGCGCGUAGUCAAUGGUGCCGUAUCUCCAUGCCCCAGCGACCGGACCUCCAUGGUCCAACCCCUAAUUCCAACUCCUGAGCCCAGGCAAGGCGGCGACAAUACGAUGCAGUCAAGUGGAAGCGGUGAUGAAGAAUGCAGGGGUCCCAUGGACAAAAUCUUAACUGCAGAGUUGUUUCGAGAUCUGGACUUUAGCUCCGAGCCCUCUGCCAAAGCGAAUGGUUAUUUAGAACCAUUUUCGUUCGAAUUAUCUCCUGCGUCCAGUUCAGUCUCUCUUGAAAAGACUCUCGGUACUGGCAUCGCUCAUUCUAGCGAUGAUGGGUACGAAAAACUUCUUGAUCGUUGUACUUACGAUAAUUUGGCCCGGCUUGGGGAGGCCUUGACAAAAGAUAAUGAAGGUAACAUUUGGGGUAGAUCCUCAUCGUUCACUGACAGUGGCUAUGCUUCUGAGUGUUCUUUGCGUUCUAUACGAGGUAGUAUGGGAUUAGCACAGGAGGAUGAUACUGAGAGUGUUUGCCUGUUCACAGAGAAGUUUUAA